AUGACAUCUCUGAGCUUUGCUGUAUAUCUGACUUGUCUGGUCUUGUGGAGAAAAGGCUUGGGAACUAACUUGCCUGGACAUGUGCAUCAAGACAGUGGUUUCAUGUCAGCUGAUGUUGGUGGCAAUGUGACUUUGCAAUGUUUCUAUCAAAGUAACGUUGCAGCUGUGUUUCUUUGGUAUAAGCAAAGUCUGGGACAGAAACCAAAGCUCCUUUCCCGUUUCUAUAAACACGAUAAAGUCGGAACUUUUAGUGAUGAAUUCAAGAACAAUUCAAGAUUGUCGCUAGAAACCCAAAACGGUAAGAACCACUUGACAAUCUCAGAUUUGCACAUUUCAGAUUCAGCUACGUAUUACUGUGUAAGCUGCAGUUCAUACAAGUUUGAAUUUGGAGAAGGCAUUACAGUCAGUGUGAGAGGUUCAGGCUUGAACAUACAAACUUCAGUGAGGCAGUCGGCAUCUGAGACCAUCCAACCAGGAGACCCCGAGACUCUGAGCUGUACAGUACAUACUGGGACCUGCGAUGGAGAACACAGCGUUUACUGGUUCAGAAAUCAACUAGAAUCUCAUCCAGGACUCAUUUAUACUGACGGAGGCAGGAAUGAUCAGCGUAUGAGGAAACCCAACACACCAACACAAACCUGUGUCUACAAUUUGCCGAUGAAUCUGUCUCAUGCUGGAGCCCACGACUGUGCUGUUGCCUCAUGCCGUCACAUAGUCUUCGGAGACGAUGGGAUGAACUCUAUCAAACAUCUUGUGUUUUUCUUAAGUGGAGCUUUGGCAUUGACCAUUAUCCUGAAUGUUUUAAUGGCUUUCUUAUUGCACAAGAUGAGGAAGAAAAACCCCUGGCAACGUACAGACACAAACCCAAGAUAUUCAGAACCCUCCACUGCUAAUACUGAGGGUCACCAAGAUGCAGACAACCUCCAUUAUGCAGCUUUAAGGGAACACAGGUUCAAUGCAUCAAGAAAACAGAGGGAAGAUACCUCCAAUCAAUGUGUGUACUCUAGUGUAAAGUAG